AUGAUGAAUUUCAAACUUUCGAAGGUUGCAGUAGCUGCACUGCUCUUUUGCGUGGUGGUUUUCUCUCUUUCUGCAUCUGUUUUGGCUGAACCUAAACCUGCACUGCCGGCGAAAGUAGCGCCACUCAAAGUCGGGUUUUACGUGAAAACAUGUCCUCUUGCCGAGAAGAUUGUAAGAAAUGCAGUGAACAAAGCUGUGUCACUCAAUCCAGGAAUAGCUGCUGGGCUCAUUAGAAUGCAUUUCCACGACUGCUUUGUUAGAGGUUGUGAUGGUUCGCUGUUGCUGGAUUCAAUUCCUGGAAAACCAGCUGCUGAGAAAGAUAAUUUUGUGAAUAACCCGAGCCUUAGAGGGUUCGAGGUAAUCGACGAGGCUAAAGCUCUGAUAGAGGCUGUAUGUCCUAAAACUGUCUCAUGUGCAGACAUUCUUGCAUUUGCUGCUCGUGACAGCGCCCUUAAAGUUGGAGGCAUUUGCUAUGACGUCCCUGCUGGACGACGUGAUGGCCGUGUUUCUUUAAGCUCCGAAGUUCUGCAGGAACUCCCUCCACCUUUCUUCAACGCCAAGCAACUUGAAGACAACUUCAAAAGAAAGGGAUUUUCACUUGAUGAAAUGGUUACACUAUCUGGUGCACACUCCAUUGGUGUCUCUCAUUGUUCUUCAUUUUCGAGCCGUCUUUACAGUUUCAAUACAACCCACCCACAGGAUCCCUCAUUGGAUUCUGCUUAUGCUGCAUUCUUGAAAACCAGAUGCCCUUCCCCAGCGAAUAACGGGGUUGACCCGAUUGUGAGUCUGGAUAUUCAAACUCCAAUCCGAUUGGAUAAUAAGUAUUAUACAAAUUUGCAGAGUCGUAGGGGGCUAUUGACUUCGGACCAGACAUUGCUGGACAGUCCCUUGACUAGGAAAUUGGUCGUGGACAAUGUUAAGUACGGUAAUGUUUGGGCGAAGAAGUUCGGGGCUGCUAUGGUGCGUAUGGGAUCCACUGAUGUUCUUACUGGUAAACAAGGAGAGAUCAGGGGGAACUGCCGUUUCGUGAACUGA